ACUGCCCCCCUCCCAUUCGCCAGCCUCCUGCCAACCUGACCUCCUUUGUAUUCCUUGUACUUGAUCAGCGCUCGCUGCUGCAGCCGACCGCCCUACUUGGAUAUCAUGAUGCUUUGCUGCCUUUACUCUGGCCGUCGUACUCUUUGAAGGCAGUUCUCCAAGCUGUAAUAUAGCGGCAUGACACUGCUCGACAUAGCCUCUCCUCGCGCUCUCCAGUGAAGCAGUCUUGUGUCGCGCCGCCCCCGAGCCUGGCUAACCUCUUGUCCUCGUUGACUCUCGUCUCGUUCCGUCUGCCGCCAUGUCCUCCCCGCCCUCCACCAAGCGCAGCUUGAAGCCAUCGCCAAUGACCACCAACAUACCCCCGACAGCUCGUCCUGCUCCACCUGCCGACCUGCCCACUCUACACCCGGCCGCCUCGUUGACUGCCCCGGCUCAAGACACCCAUCUCGGCCCUCAGCAGCCACUCCCUUCUCCCACCAGCCGGAAGCGCAAGUCGGUCACACUCGGACACUCGCACGAGCCCAUGGCCGGUGCGACAGAGAGCAGCGUAGAAGCCCACGCAACCAGUGCAGCAUUACCCCCACUCGCUCAACCAGACACUGUCCAGGAACCAAAGGCCAAAAAGAGUCGUACCAACACACCAUGGACCCCAGCCGAAGAAUUGCGACUCAAGCAAAUGAGAGAUGCGGGCAACAGCUGGAGUGAGAUUGCAAAGACGUUUCCGCAGCGAACCGAAGGAAGUGUGAAGAAGCAUUGGUACAAGGACAUGCACUACGCAGAGUUCGCAGAGGAUGAAAGCGCCGCGCUGCUUGCCGCCAUCAAGGAGUAUGAUGCCAACAAGUGGAAAGUUAUUGGGCAGAAGGUCGGCAAACCUGCAAAAGCAUGCGAGCAAUACGCAAAGGAGAACUUUGGUGGCAAGUAUUGAUGGACCCAUGCCCACCGUCCGUCUGCAUGUUCCCGCUUGCUCGUACGAUGCGCCAGGUUCAUGACGAUACCACCAGCUUUCUUCUUCUCUCAAUCUAGCUCGGCCUGCACACAGCCGAGGUAGCCAUCCGUCUGUCCUACUUGGUGUUUCCGCACUCUGUUUUCUUGGGCAAUGGCGUACCCCAGGAUUCCUUUGUCUUUGAUGAUUUACACAAUGCUUGGGUGUUUUCGGGGCAACGUGGCCAAGUUUAUUUUGGGGGAGUUUUUUUUGGUUCCUCUGGCUCUCCUGUCGGAAGAGGGCUCGGCAAAGGGCUUGCGAGGGGUUGUCCCAAUCCCGGACUUAGUAUCGGCCAUCCUUACGUAUGAAUGGCCUACCCAUGGCAAUAUGGCGUGUCAAACGUGGGGAAAGGGCUUCGCAAAAAGAGGUCAUCACUGCACUGCU